AUGAGUGUCAUCGCUAGCAGACCGGAAGGGGUUGCUAUGCCCUAUAAUACUGUCCCUCACGAGAGCCAUAUUGUUCAUACCUACAAGGAUUCCGCCUAUACAGUUGCCAUACAUUCCGUUCCUUCGCGAACAACUUCAGUCUCUUCAUACUCCAGCAAUUUCAGCACUUCUACUGUCCCAACUGUUUACUCUCCGACUUCCCCCACGUCUCCCACAUCGCCCACAUCUCCGGGCUUUUCCUACCGUACUUUCAAAUCUGGUACGCCCCCUCCAAAGCCGACGGAGCCGGUCUUCAGACGCCUACCACAGGAGGUUUACGACUGCAUUCUGAACCAGCUUGAAUUCGAGCAUAACGGCCCGCAGAAAUCGGGUUGUUUAACAUGUUUCCAGCGGGAUCUGCACGCUCUUGCCUUAACCAGCAGGACAUGGGAGAAAGCCGUCCGAAGUAAACUAUACAACCGCAUCCACAUCAUAGGAAAUGAUUCCCCCACGCAAUUGAAGAAGUACAGAAUGAAGAGAGGGAGUCGACUAAAGUUGUUGAGACGGACACUACGAGAGAGGAAAUUGCUGGCCAAUCUAGUUCUCGAGCUUCGUGUCCCCGAAAUAGAUCUGCUGUUGGUGAACGGUAGGCAGGCUGCUCAGUUACAGGAAUAUCGCGACUUGGUGGCCUCCGUUGUUAUGGUGUGUCCGAACCUCGAGAGACUGGUUGGCCUCACAGUACCCUACUACUAUGAAUUCGACCGUCUCACAUACGCAUUGUCCACGCGGAAGAAGCUGAAGGAGCACACCUGGAUAUUGGGUGACACUAUCGAAACGCCCGAUCGAGCCCGGAGUCAGUCGCCACAGAAGUCGCUGGAACCGCAGCAAGUGUUCGAGUUCCUCAAUAACCAUGUGUCAUGGUCCAACCUAGAGACACUUAUGCUGCAUUCCCUGAAUAUGAACAGCCCGGUAGGACAUGGAGUCUUCUUGCGAAUGUUCAAUCUUCUCCCGUCACUCCGUCACCUUUGCGUUUCCUGCUUCGGUGCGGAUACAUUUACGGAUCGGACGUUACUGUUCCUACCGCCCUUGGAAUCACUUCGUCUCGAAAACCUUCGUGGGGUAACAGAUACUGGGCUAGCACAAUAUGCCUCCCGGAAAGAAGCUCAGGGGCUCAAGUCCUUAACACUCAUCGAAUUGAACAUCGAAUCAUUACUCGCGAUCUCGAAGAUUCUGGCUUCUCUAAGGCAAUUGGAACGGUUUAGUGUGCAGACGAGUAGCUGUCCCACAUUGCAGUCCGAGGGCAUGGUUUUUCAACCCUUGUUGGCAUCAGCAAGCCUGAAGCAUCUGCAUUGGGAUGUGGCCAGCCCCGACCCAAUCAAUGCUCUCAGCAAUUUUGACUCGGUUCCUUUUGCGAAACCACCGAAGCACAGCGAGACGCCGAAUUCUCAUCUCGCUCAAAGUAUCGUGCAUUCAGGGUUCCCCCGUCUGGAAACCCUACGCGCCCCUUCCGAUAUUCAACCGGCGGGUAUCCUCCAAGGGGUCUGCCAACCUAUCAAGCGCGGACAGGCUCUCAUUCCUGCUGAUAGAUACAGCCUUCCACGGAGUUCCCAUGGAUCCGUUAACGCGAAGCCACUCGCUCUUCCCGGCGGAAACAAUCUAACAUCCGCUCGUAUCCGCGCCCAAACAUUCAUCGAUAUGGCCGCGAAGGACACUGAGACUGGAAUGAAAGUCAUCGUUACAGACUACUCCGAUUCUUACGUCCCCGACAAUGCGCUUGAAGAGGAUGAUGAUGAGUCUGAAUUUGAAAUUGAUGUAUUCGGUGAGCGAGUGGAAUCUACGGGCCAGCGACACAAUGUCGACCGUGCCGACGAUACCGACGGACCAAUCACAGUUCACGAGUUCAGAAUGCCGGCAUAUAUGGGCAGAAUAGGUGGACCGAACAGCUUCAGAGAUGCAACCAUUCCACGAUUCAUCCUUCGCCCCGAUAUUCCCGGAGCCGACGUCGACGGUGGACUGGUCGGAUGGAGACACUUGCUAGCCACGAACCAGUCGCUAACUUACUCUGCUGGUAUGGGUAUGAACGUGGACGCCUGGGGUAACCGCAGUGGUAGCAUCGUCAGCAGUGUAGCAGAAGAGCCGCUAUCGCCAGCGUCAACAACCACUUCCAGAUUCGGUGGAUGGGGCUCGAUUGGUGGUCGUUCGCAAAUGGCAACGAGUCCGAAUACUCCCAUCACGCCAAUUACGCCCAUGACACCUAGCUUCCCAUCGUCGAAUGCGCCUCCGUGGGCGCGAGAUAGCUGCACCGGUCACUGGAACCAUUCGCACACUAAGGGCAAAGAUUGGUGGUUCCACAUCGAGCGCGACCGGCCGGGUGCCAUUGAGCCCAUCGGGCCAAAGCAAUUCUUCUGA